AUGCAAACAGAAACUGGCAAUUACCAACAACAUUUUAAAUCAAAACGACAGUUCAAGAUUUGGCAAAAGCAACAAAAGGAAAACGCGGCAAAACGAUUGAACCGUGCACUCUAUGCUAAUCAAUCACCAUUUCGUUACGCAGAGAGGGUUUAUAAAUCUCGACUUGUCAGAGAUACUGAAGCUCGAGAAAUUGUGGAUUUCAGCAACCUAUCCAACAACACCACACAAGUACAAGAAAACAUUGUGCAGGUACCAUUGAAACAUGAUUUAGGCCAGCUAUCCAAUGCUUUUGGUGAUAUGCCUCACAGAUCAACAUAUGCCCUGAUCAUGAAGAACGUACCAGGCUUGAUUGUUAUUCCAAAUGCAUUUUCACCACAAGCCCAACGUCGGCUAGUCAAACACUGCCUAAGAGAGUACGCUAAACCACCUCAUACUUCCAACCUCGAUGGGCAUUAUUAUGUCCCUAAAGAUGGCGUUUGGCCGCUGUACGAACAGGAACAGAAAGGCUCUCUUGUGCCUGGUGAUGCCAAUUACUACAUUCCUUCCAAGACUGUACCACAAGAUGAAAACGACAUGUACCCUACUGCCAUUGAAGAUGCAAACGACGAUACACUCUCUGUCGCUAGCAGCAUGUACUCUGACAUCAGUGGGAAAAGUGGUCGAGUGGCAAGUUCCCCCACCCAAAUGCUAAAAAAGCAACGUUGGGUUACAUUGGGCUAUCAAUAUCAUUGGGGAACCAAAAAGUACAAUUUAGAUGAUCCCAUACCCAUACCCAAUGAUAUCUAUGACUUGAUGAAGGCUGUAGUAACAGCAACUGAAGAUAUCGGUUGCCAGGAUGCAGAGACCCCUUGGAAGAACCAGUACAAAGGUGCUGAUUUCAAGCCAGAAGCUGGUAUUAUCAAUUUUUAUCAGUUGCAAUCCACAUUGAUGGGACAUGUAGAUCAGAGUGAGAUCAACAUGGAGGCACCAUUGAUCUCUAUGAGUCUGGGCCAUUCCUGUAUAUACCUGAUCGGCGGUAAUACAAGAGAUACCAAGCCAAUUCCUCUCAAACUGAAUAGUGGAGACAUAAUUGUGAUGACUGCCAUUGCAAGGAGAGCUUAUCAUGGUGUGCCUCGGAUUUUGGAAAACACAUUGCCUGAAUACAUGUUGCCUGAAUUCGUCGAUGAUGAGGACUGGAAGGUCUUUGGUGAUUACAUGAAGACAACUAGAAUCAACUUGAACAUUCGACAGGUUUUUCCAAAAUAA